CCUGCGCCACUUCUCAUUUGACUAGUUCUCCCACAAUGCAACGCGCGUCUGUCAUGGCUGCUCACUGAUGCCGCUCGCACCACAUGGAAACAAACAUCACAUCAGACCUGAGACUGACAAACACCCACCGGCUCUGCUAGGAACAGAGACUCAUCAACACGUUUCAUCACCUCGGCCCGUCCACACUGGAGGAGGCAACAACUGGAGGCACUUGUCUUUAGCCGGAACCAGAACCAGAACCAGAAGCGGUGGUGAUGCAGAUGGAGAUCGAGGUCCCGGUCCUCCGGGGCUUUCUAACAGCCAGCGAGGCAGCGGACUGGAAGCAGAGUGUCUUCAGUACUGCAGAGGCGGGCUGUCUGCUGGAGUCCUUGAUGGAGGGGGACUUUGAGGCAGUUCUGCUGAGUCCUCAGGUGUUAGAUCUGCUCACCGGAGACGGAAGUUGCAGCGAGGGGGAGGACAUCGAGGCCUACCUGGAGAAACGGGUCCUGCUGUACCUUACUGGUGGCGCCAACGAUGACCAGACCAACAGGGAGCUUGCAGUGAUGGCCCUGGCUGCGUCCUGCCUCCACUUGUUUGCCCAGAGUAACUGGACCGGUCCUCCCGUCUCCAUCCAUAUCUCUGACCUGCUGCCUCCGGCCCUGCUCUCCUCUCAGCCCCGGACCGUGGUUGAGUCUAUCCACUCCAGCCUGCUCCUGGAUGGGGAGUCUGUGUACAGCCUGGUGGCCAACCCCUUCCUCCUCCUGCUGGCCAGGGUCAUUCUCACCAAGUGCUCCUCCAAGAUGGACAGCCUCCAGCUGCUGUCCUGGUGGACCCUGCGCUACAUCAGCCUGCACCAGCAAAUCCUGGAGGCCUGUUCUCCGCAGCUCCUCAGCUUGGCCCACAGCUGCAUCGACAAAGUGCUGAAAUGCGAGUCUCUGUUGUCGAAGCAGAGAAACCUGGCUAUCCAAUUCCACCUGGAGUGUGUCUACAUUAGUCUGACCUACUAUGAUUACCAGCCAGCCAAGGAACACAUCAAGAAGGCCCAGGAGCUCUCGGGGCUUAAUAUCAACACGACUGGUGCUCUUGGCAAACGGACCCAUUUCCAGCAAAAGAACCUGGCUCAGCUCAUUCUUGAUGUCGAGAGAAAGCAGGACCAGCCCGGUCAGAUGGAUGAUGAGGCCAGUCUCACCCCCACACCUCAGGCCAGCCUGCCCAAGGACUACAGUCUUGGUGAUGAAACCGUGCUGGAUAAGAUCAAUUUAGCGGAGCCAGAUCAACAUGAGCUGCCUGACCUCAGCGUUGAGGAGCAGGCCGUCAUCCUGGGCGUUUGCACUGACUUCCAGAAGAAUAACCCCGUCCACAAACUGACAGCAGAGGAACUUCUGGCCUUCACAUCUUGUAUUCUGUCUCAGCCUAAGUUUUGGGCGAUAGAAGUCACAGCACUUUGCCUCAGGACCAAACUAGAAAGAGGGAGCUCCAGAUGUGUCGAGAGAGCCAUGAUGCAAACCCAGGCGAUAGUAGACCACUUUGAAGACAAGAACUGUCCCGUGACCGAGCGGCUCAAGGGCUUCUACUUCUGCCAAGCCCCCCCCAGAUGGGAUGUCCAGAAACAGCUGGCCAGCUUGCUGACGGACCUCGGCUGCACCAGUUCAGCUCUGCUCAUCUAUGAAAAGCUUGAGCUCUGGGAGGAUGUAGUGAUCUGCUAUGAGAGGCUGGGCCAACAUGGCAAGGCCGAGGAGAUUGUUCGCAGUGAGUUGGAAAAGAAGGAGACGCCCAGUCUGUACUGCCUCCUGGGAGACAUAUUGAGGGACCAUCAGUACUACGACCGGGCGUGGGAGCUGUCAAACCAACGCAGCGCCAGAGCCAUGCGCUCCAAAGCCCUGCUGCACCUCCGCGCCAAGGAGUUCCAGCAGUGCGCGGACUGCUUUGAGCAGUCGCUCAAAAUCAACACCAUGCAGCUCGGUGUGUGGUUUUCCCUCGGUUGUGCCUACUUUGCCCUGGAGGGCUAUGAGGGAGCUGCCAAGGCUUUCCAGAGGUGUGUGGGACUAGAGCCAGAUAAUGCAGAAGCAUGGAACAACCUAUCUACAGCCUACAUUCGCCUCCAAAAGAAAAACAAAGCCUUUCGUACCCUGCAGGAAGCCCUGAAGUGUAACUACGAACAAUGGCAGAUCUGGGAGAACUUUAUCGUUGUGAGCACUGAUAUCGGGGAGUUUGGUGAAGCCAUCAAGGCCUACCAUCGUCUGAUGGACCUCAGAGAAAAAUACAAGGACAUCCAGAUUUUGCAGAUCCUGGUCAGAGCAGUUGUUGAAAACUUGACGGACAACCGGGGCGGGCAGGCAGCUACUCUGCGGUCCAAACUGAAGGAGCUCCUGGGGCGGGUCAGUUCCCGCCACAGCAGCGAAAGUGAGAUAUGGCAGCAGUACGCUCUGCUGUACGGAGAUGGUCACAGCGACAUCCCAGAGGACAACGAAAAGGCUCUACAGAUGUUGUCUAAGGCUCAUCGCUGCAAGGUUCAGGCUGGUGGCUGGGAGAAAGAACCUGGUCUCUUCAAGGAGGUGAUCAAAAGAGCCAUCAAUAUGGGUGAAGUGACCAUCAGUUGCUGUAAGAAGAAGAGUAAUCCAACAGAAGCUCUUCAGAUGCUCUCCUCCACCCGCCUCAGCCUCAAGAGUCUGAGCUCCAAAGCUAAGCAAAUGCACACAGAUGUGGCCACGGGUCAGGUCCACGCCGAGCUGCAGGACGGUGUCGCUGCUCUGGAACAACUGGUCUCUGAACUGCAGGAGCUGAGCGGGAAGCUGCGUGACCAAUCACAGUGACCUCUUGGGAAAAAUCAAACGCUGUGGCUCUGAAGGCUACUCAGUAGUAAAGACUAAUCAGAGGCAGACAGAGACUCGGCUGCAGUGAUCAGCCUUGUUUAUUGUUGAACACCUUUAAAGGUAACCUCUAUAUUUUUUAAACUGGACCCUCUUUUCCCAUGUUUAUGUGUCUAAGUGACUAAUGGGGACGACAAUUAUUGAAAUUGGUCCACCACCAGCCGCUAAACAUCAACGUAAUGUUACGUUCACUAAAAGUGCUUGUUUUUGCCACUGACAGGCUCAGAUUGUUAUUAGAAGGAGAAAGAAAAGGACCCUACAGAGAAAUAAAAUGUUUUUCUUACCUUUCUACCUUUCACUUGAUCCGGUCUGUUUGUUAUCGUGUCCAAGUCCCGUUCAAGAAGAAGUCUCGUUGACUAAAUCAUCUGAAUAUUCAGCCAAAUGUUGUAGAUAACACUAAGCUACGCUUUCUGCACUCCAACCAGGGUCUGAUAUUAGCACCAGCCAAAUGCGGGUAAAUUGUUGGCAGUGGCAGGUAAAAUUGACCGGCCAUCCGCCACUUUGGCAGACAGGGAAAACGCUAGUGAUGGAAAUAGAGAACUGUAGUUUUCCGAUUCCUUGGUAUCUCAUGCCUCCGUGUCUAUCGAUUCCUCUUCGAUGCUGUCUGACUGUAACGCAUGCACAAUGACGCAUACGCAAGCUGUAUCAUGUUUCAGUUUGUUUGGGACCGAAGUCACGGCGGAGAGAAAGAAAAGCGCUCAAAAGCACGGCGCUACUACUAAACCUUAGGGGAUACACCCUAUUUUUCCCUGAUAAUUCUACACUGUGAACAACAAACCUGUGUUGAAAUCAGCAAGAGGAGCGUUAGAAACGCUAGCAGCCGGUGGGCAGCACAGUCCUGCUCGACUAAAUAACGGAGCUACCAACGUUAACGGAGGUGCCAUUACAUCACACUAUGAGGCGUUCAAGCUCUGCUCAGUAAAAUGACCAUUGGGUGAAGGUACAGUAAAUUACAACUGUAUCAUGAUGUGUUCAAAUGUAAUCUCGUAAAAUUAAGUUUUUGGCGAGAAACUUGAAUAAAUCCAAUUGUUUGAAAGAGACGUUUUUACAGCGAUAUAAAUAGAUAUUAGAGAGAGAAUUCUGACCUGUUUAACAUCCUAACACUACCUCUAAACAGCUUAUAGUACAUCAUUAAAACUACUGAUGCCAAAAAAAAAUUCUAAUCAAAGCAAAUAUUUAAAUAUUCAUCAUUUGAAUUGUGUUUUUAUGCAAAUAACCAGUAUAGAUCACAGUAACAAAGUACAGUACAGUACUGUGUACAGUAACCUCCCACCACUGUAAAAUAGGGCUCUCCCCCCCGAAUUUGAACACUGUAAUUUACCAUGUAUACAAUGUUUCUCAUGUAAAAUAUAUCAAACAUUGAAUUACUUCAGAUCUAAAAUGUUAUUCCUUCAUUUAGCGCAGCGAUUUCAAAAGUGGCAGAUAAAAAAAUACCUGCCUGUCACAGUGGCAUGAAAUGAAAAGGGUUCAUUUCAGACCCUGACUCCAACACAACAAACUCUGCCCGGCUGGCACUCGCGUUUCCACCAUGGAUAUAUUCCUUUCUUCCACUGUUGUCUUCCGGCAGCGACACUCUUUCCAUUAUGUCAGACACAUAGAAAUAACAAUCGGAGCCUGUCACGGCAAAAACAAGCACCUUUAGUAGAUGUGAAUGACGGUGCCAGCUUGCCCCAACAGCACCAUAUUGCAGCCUGUAAGUCUUCAGCGCUCUCCCUCAAUACUGGACCAAUUUCAGAAAUUGUUUUCCCAAUUUGUCAUUUAGACACAAAAAUAUGGGAAAAUAGGGUUGAGAAAUACACAAGCUACCCUUUAAAUCAAGAGUUUUACAGCAGAAGACUGAGGAUAUCAAUACAUCAAAUUAGAAAUGGGAAGCCAAAGGUUGCACUUUGUAAUCGUGAGUUUUUUUUAUACACCUAUAUCCACAUUGGAAUGUAAACAAUGACUGUAUCAAAUAUUAAAAUAUUUGAAAUUG